AUGGCACUCUCCGCAAUAGAUUUCGAAGACCUCCAACGCCGACUACGAGAAGCCGAAGGACGUGCCGAAAAGGCAGAGGAGGAGAAGCGAAAGGCAGAGGAGGAGAAGCAAAAGGCAGAGGAGGAGAAGCAAAAGGCAGAGGAGGAGAAGCAAAAGGCACAGGAGGAGAAGCAAAAGGCAGAGGAGGAGAAGCAAAAGGCAGAGGAGGAGAAGCAAAAGGCACAGGAGGAGAAGCAAAAGGCAGAGGAGGAGAGGGAUCAGACGAAAACCACGUUCCAGGAGUAUUUGGACCUGUGUCACAUACACUUGUCCAAAAGCCUCUUGGUUCAGUUGGACGGGUCGCUCUCCACUAAAGGAACCGUCACGUCACCGAAGGGCAGGUACUAUCCAAAGAGACUAGUGCCAUGGGAGGGGUUUGAGGAGGGCCAGCGGCGCCGUUUUGAUGAGGUUUAUGGGGUCUUCCAUUCUCAGUCUGGAUCGCCGAAGCUCUUCCCUUCACGCCGGACGUUAGAGGAGCUGGGGCAGAUGCUCUGCGACAGAGUCUUUGCUUCAGAAGAUGACUUGAGACCCCAUCAGCAACUGUCGGUUGAAACCCCUAUUAGCAGCAUCAUUGCUGCUUUGAGCAACGUAGAAGGAGCCCCGGAACGGUUUGGGCUAGGACGCGGGGUGAAGUUUGAGAAUCACCCCAACACCCUUGAUGAAGAAGCUGAAGAGGUUCAGCAACGCCUACAAGCUUACGAGUUAUCUACGACGGAAGCGAAGACGUCGAGGCCUGUGGCAGCAGACCGGAUCUGCGUCUACAAGGAUAUGGAGGACAAGAACACCCUCUCCUACUUGAUCGAGUAUAAAGCGCCGCACAAGUUGCCAGGAACAGAUGUUGAAAUGGGACUACGUCCGAUGGAUCUAGAGCGGGAGGUGGUUCGCGAGUACAGGAUCCCGAGAGAUAAGAAAAGGCGGAAGCAAUACGACGCGGACAGGAAGGUGGGAUCGGUGGUCACGCAGGUCUUUGACUACAUGAUCAAGAGUGGUCUGGAGUACAGCUAUCUAAGCACGGGGAAAGCGUUUAUCUUCCUUCGGAUCGAGGAGGCCGAUCCGACGACGAUGUUCUACCAUCUGAUAAUGCCCGAUGAAGAGCAACUUACGGCCAAGGAUCUAAAAACGAAUGCAUUUCAUACGGCGGUCGGUCAGGUGCUUUCUUUCAGUCUGCUGGCAUUCACGUCCGAAAGGCGGGGCCAAGACUGGCGCCGUAAAUGGAGACGAGAACUUCCCAAGUGGCCGCUUGGUGGGGAGGCCAUCUUACCCGAGACGCCGGACAACGCAAAGCGGCCCAAGACACCCCCGACGUCCGAGUUCAAGGGCAAACCCCCUAACGUUGUCCGAUCGUUCAAUCUACGGGCGAGGCCUACUGGACGGAGCAGGUGCAAUGAGAACGAGACUUUGGCAUAUACCCAUUCAGAUGACGAUUCAUCUUCCGAGACGGAAUCAGGAGACAAGGAGACGCCUGCUCGAUCAAACCGCACGGCUCCGAUGCUGGUUGAGGCGUCGACUAACAGCCCGACAUCUUCUCGGACGAGAAAUCAAACCCGCAAGUACUGCACGCAGGCAUGUCUGCUGGGGCUGGUCCGGAGAACGGCUUUGGAUGAGGAUUGCCCGAAUGUAUCGGCCCAUCGCGCUGGCGGCCAUGGUCGACAGCACAGGAUAACUGUCAAGACAUUUAGGCGCCUUGUGCAGGCACAGCUGGACCGGACUCUGGACCAGGACUGCGAUCCGCUGUGGAAACAAGGUGCAAGAGGGAAUCUGUUUAGGAUUACACUAGCGUCGCACGGGUAUACUUUUGUGGGCAAGGGGACGAUAUCGGUGUAUGUGCCAGAUCUACAGCACGAGGGCCUGAUGUAUCAGCAGCUGGAAAGGCUUCAAGGGCGGGUGGUACCAGUGUAUCUGGGGAAUAUCUGGCUGGUCGAGCCCUGGCUGGACAUUGGGGUGGAGAUCGUGCACAUGUUGCUGAUGUCGUGGGGCGGGGAGCUGGCUGUGCCGUCGGACGUCCCGGACCUGGACGGGGAGAUUGACCGUUCAUUAGAGGAGAUCUGUCGGGAAGGGGUGGACCACAGCGACGUGCGUGAGCCGAACAUCCUAUGGAACCGUGAGCGGCGGCGGGUGAUGUUGAUUGACUUCGAGCGCUCUCGCCUCCUGGCCCCCAACCGCAGGCCACCACUUCAAGGACUUUCUCCAAACAAAAAGAGACAGCAGCCUUUUGGAGAUGGUAAGAUUCGCAGGCAAAGACAGCGAUCAAUGGAAGGCAAAUAUCAAAGAGGUUGAUGUGUGAUCGUGCUGGUUUUCCCGCUUAUUUACCUCCAAGACCGAAGGAAUAGGCAUACGCACCAAUUUUUUCUUUGAUCCUCCUUCUUUUCCCCUUUUCCCCGCGUCUCUUUGAUUUAUGUGUGCAUAGGGCUCCAUCUAUGCGAUUUAUAUGCAGCGGUAGUAACUUGUCCAAUCUAGAUAUGCUAGCUUGGGCGUACAUCUUUCUGGGCUGUUUCAUUAGGCACUUUUUGCCCUCUAUACUGUUACCGACGUGUUAAUAAUUUCCUUUUUCAAUUACUUCCUCCCAAACUUUAUUACCAAGAGAAAUACCUAUAAUGACAUGAUCGCUA